AGACCGUGUGGCCUAGGGGGAGGCGGGCGCCGGCCGGGUACCUGCUGCCCGCGGGCUUCGCGGGUCUCCGCGUGCGCGCGGGCUCAGCCGCGCCGCCUUUGAUGUCGGGCGACCGAUCAGCGAUCAGAUUACAAGCAUUUCAUCUCGCUGCUCGUCUGCCUUUGAUCUGCGCGGGCCCCAGGACAGGAGGUCUACACAGUGGAGCUGAGUAGACAGCUCAUUAGACUCUCCAAGGAUAAAUAUACUUGAUAAAAGAAAUGGCUUUAAAGGUGCUUCUAGAACACUCAAGAACAUUUAUCACCAUCCUACUUUUACUGGGCUAUUUGUCAUGUAAAGUGCUUUGUGAGACCGGAGACUGUAGACAACAAGAAUUCAAGGAUCAGGCUGGAAACUGUGUUCUCUGCACACAAUGUGGGCCAGGCAUGGAGUUGUCCAAGGAAUGUGGCUUCGGCUAUGGGGAAGAUGCGCAGUGUGUGACUUGCAGGCCCCACCGGUUCAAGGAGGACUGGGGCUUCCAGAAGUGCAAGCCUUGUCUGGACUGUGCUCUGGUGAACCGCUUUCAGAAGGCCAACUGCUCGGCCACCAGUGAUGCUGUCUGCGGGGACUGCUUGCCUGGAUUUUAUAGGAAGACUAAACUUGUUGGUUUUCAAGACAUGGAGUGUGUACCCUGUGGAGACCCUCCUCCUCCCUACGAACCGCACUGUACCAGCAAGGUGAACCUCGUGAAGAUUGCGUCCACAGCCUCCAGCCCUCGGGACACUGCGCUGGCGGCGGUCAUCUGCAGCGCUCUGGCCACCGUGCUGCUAGCCCUGCUCAUCCUGUGUGUCAUCUACUGCAAGAGGCAGUUCAUGGAGAAGAAGCCCAGCUGGUCUCUGCGCUCACAGGACAUUCAGUACAAUGGCUCUGAGCUGUCCUGUUUUGAUAGACCUCAGCUCAGUCACUGUGCCCACAGGACAUGUUGCCAGUGCCACCGGGACUCAGCCCAGACCUAUGGACCAGUUCACCUGAUCCCUUCUCUGUGCUGUGAGGACACCUGCAUCCCUGCCCGGACUACCCUUGGCUGUGGGCUGAGGCCUACAGCAACCCUUCAGGACAGAAACGCAGCUCCAGUGGGAGACAUGGUUCCAGCUUUCUUUGGGUCCCUUUCACGGUCCGUCUGUGGCGAGUUCUCCGAUGCCUGGCCUCUGAUACCGAAUCCCGCAGGUGGUGACGACAUCUCUUUUUGUGACUCUUAUCCUGAACUCACUGGAGAAGAUAUUAAUUCCCUCAGUCCUGAAAAUGAAGGCUCAAUAUCUCAGGAUUUCACUGGUGGUCAGGAUUUGGCUGCUACAGCUGUUCUGGCUCCUUCUGGCAACUUCACAGAAACUGCUGACUCAUCGAGCUAUGGGGAUCCGGUGAGGGAACCGAGUCUAACUCAGGAUGCUCAAAGGACUCCAAGCCAGCGAGGUCAGGAGGGUGGCGAUGCCUUGAACCCAACCAUUCCCUCCUCCCUCCAGGAAGCUUGAGGACCCGUCUUCCUGCAGUGGAAGUGUGGGUCUGGACCCCACUGUGUGAGGCUUAUGAACUGAGCAGUCUGGGCCGUGUAGGGGAGAAACUAAUUCUGAACCAAACGGACGGCAUUUUACAACCUUUCAACCAGUUGCUUCUGAGCCAGACCGGCUGUGAGCUGGAACCUCACCAAGAAGCAAGAAAGACUCUAGAUGGCCUCACGUCUCCCUACGCAAGAAGCUUCUUGGCAAGGGCAACUUGAAGGACUGACGGGAUGGAGUGAGGCUCAGUGAUCACGGGCACGCCGUGGGACCUGGUGUGCCUCCUGCUUGUUUCCAUGGUGAUGUGGUUUCACAAGCCCCUUGAUCCAGAGCAUAAACUUUCAUUGACAUUUUCUUUAGAGCUCGUUAUUCCACUAAAAAGCCAUGACCAGAUUCCUCAUUUUAGGUGGUGUGUUCAGAAGGCUUGGAGAUUUCUGUUGAAGCAGGUCACUUCAGCCAAAAUGGGUUCCCUUCUGGAGUUAGAAGUGACCUCACAGCCCUGCCCAAACUUUGGUUUGUUAGAUGAAGUCAACUGACUUACCCAGUUACCAGCAGCUAUUCCAGAACCUGCGCUGCUAGCCACAGCUCUACUUCAUGAACACGUGACAUUGCAGACAGGACAGGGGACCCAGGCUGGGGAAUGUGGGAAGGAGCGCGGGGUACUGGUGGCCCUGCCGUGGAAACCACAAGACACAUGCGCCGAGACUUUGGCACACAGGUUAGCAUCCUGAUGUUAAAAUAAGUUGUUACAGAAGCAGUUGCUACAUCUGACCUGUGCCUGAGCUUACAGGCUCCAUGUCUUUUUAUAGAGAAAAUAUUUAUAAAUAUUGUGAUGUGUGAUCGUCAGUGUAGCUUAUCCUAAAGGCAUCGGGCACACCGGGUUCCUAACUACUGCAAAGGUCUUCAGUGAGAAUUCACUGCAUACUAGAACCAAGAGAAAAAGCAAAUGACAAGCCUUGCUUGGGAGAACAGUCCAUAACUGGUACCAUAAAGUUUAACCAGCACACUGUAGUAUUCCCGCUAGUAACAGUCCUGCGUGAGCCUCGUUCUCUGAUGUGAGGGUGCCGAGUUCUAUUAAGGUGCUCCAUCUUCUCCCACAAUGUUACUGUCCCACUAGAAGUGUCUCUAAGGCUAAGGAGGAACUGGGCCCAGCUCAACAUGAAGCAGGGGCAGCUAAUUUGCCUUAAUCUUUUGCCCUAGGACUUGAGCAGGAUUUAUUUUGUUUCCUGUUUGAACCUACAUGGUCAAAUCUGGCCUGUUUUCUUCCUUUUACUCUGUCACGUUUACAUUUAAACAACAGAGACACCUUCAUCCAUCAGUGUGAUAGAGUGUACUGAGUUUUUAUAUUGCCCUGUCUAAACUGGCAUAACUGGCAUAAACCUAACACUUCAACCUUAGCAGUCUUUCCAAGGACAUUUUUUUGUUGUUGUUUACUUAUUUCUCUAUGGUUUCCUCUCCUGGCAGUAACAGAACUUGAAAGAGUGCUCUUCUGUGUGGCCUUUUCUCUAUUCAUAAUUGUAGCUGACAUGUGUCCACCAGUAUGUCUGAAUCUAGCUAGCAUCUCUCAUGACUUUACAUCCUUUACCUGGAAUAGAAAAUUUGUUUCCCAUGGUAACUCACAUCUGUUGUCAUGUCUACCCUAUGCUUGGUCAUACCUGGUUGGCUUUUUUUUUUUUCUGUUUUGUUCCCUGUUUUUAAAGCUUAAACCAGUGAUUCCUAAACUUAGGUAGUCCUCCACUCUUAGGAGAAUUGCUUUAGGAAACUCAUAAAAGAUUUAACCACAAGACGUCUCUGAGAAUACAAGUUGAUUUUCCCUGAGUGGUCUCAUUGUGCUCCACAUAUGGACCAGUGCUUGCCUGAUCGUCUCUGUUAUGACACAUGGGCUGAUCAAAGUCGGCGGGGUUGUGUUCCUUUGUGUAACCUGAAUAUAUUUUCCAUAUGUCUGGUCCCAGUGCACUUCAAAGACAGACACUGGCUGAAGAAAGCCAGACUGAUGGAAGUGAGACUUUGGCCUCAAAUUCUGAAAUAUCACUUUUGAUCAGUAGAGAAAUGCUUGGGGUUGAAAAUUGAUUUCACUUGAUAUUGCUUUAGAAUAACUUUGGGCUCUUUUUGCCAGCAUGCAGACAUCUUACCACCAGCCACUCUAGAGAUUUACAGAACUGUUUUAUAUUUUACAAUUUUCGUAAACACUCAAGAGAAAAAGGCAACUUGCAUUUGACAUUGUUGGGACAUCCUAGAAGGCUCCAGAGCAGCUGGAGCUCUGAUGGCAAGAAAGCUGUACCAAGAAGCCCGAGUGGCCCAGGGGCGCCAUGCCACAGAUGCUCAUUGACACAAAAGAGACAUGGAUUUCAAAAGGAACCAAGUCAUGCAUUUUCUAAUUUUGAGUAUAAUGGACUAUAUUUUGAAAUGUAGAUUUUCUACCUUGAAGUGUUAAUGUUGCUAUUAUGUAGUUUAAGCACUGUUGUCCAUGCUAGGAAAAAGAAAAACAGAAAAGGAAAGGGAAAAAAAUUACUGCUAUAAGAUAGAGUGAGUCAAUUUAGACAUCAUUAUCGCUGUUUUGCAUACUGAAAUUUAUAAAUUUGUAAAUUACUGUUUUCCUAUACAAAUAGCUUUGUAAUACUUUUUAAAAGUUUGUGAAUAAAACUGUACAUGUUAUUCUUA